AUUUACUCCAUGUGGUUAAAACAUCACGUAGCAUGAAGUAAAUACUACAGAUGAUUCUAGAUUUGUAUUAUUGCCAGAUCUGGCCCAAAACUCGAGGUGGUUCCAAUAUAGUAUUGACUAAAGGUCAAUAAGAAGGAGAAUAUUCAGAAUUGGAAAUUCCUACAAGUAAAGUGCAUCUACUGGAUAAUCCAAGCUUAGCUGGUGUAGAACAUAACAGAAUAUCUGCAAUGAGACUGCCAAUAUAAGAGGGGAUAGAAGUCUGUGUACAGUACACACAGUACAAACUCGCAAGAUAACAAUCUCUGGAUUGUACUUGCCUCAUCUGUUUUAUAGGAUUUCAAUCAAAGAUAUAUAACAUUUCAAGUAUAUUGUGAAGUGUCAUACUGUACUAACCUAUAGUACUGCUAUAUAUUGAGAUUGCAUUAUAUAUUGCAAGGAAUGCACCAAUGAAAAGCAUGUAUUUCUAGAUAGGGGAAAUUCAAUUAAUACAGCUUCAAGACAUUGCAAUAAUAGAAUUAGGGUACCUAUUAUUAUGUAAUUAUUACAUUAGAUAUUAUUAAAUAAGAUUAGUAUGAAUUGAAGGACUUAUCUGUCAUUUGGAAAAAUUAAAGACAAGGGAGGUGCAGUUAUUGCAAUGCUGAAACACCAAUAAAACUAUUUGGAUCACAUACUGAGUGAUGCUGCAUAUACUGUACUGACUACUGCUGUUCAGAGUGAGGCAUAUAAAUAGCUGCCAAAAUUUGUACAUCUUGAUUGCUAUCAUAAGUGAAAAUAACUACAUGUUAUCUGCCCUGAAGUAGCUGCACAUGUGAGGUAUUUGGAGCUGGAUAUGCAUUUGUUAGCUGUGUGGAAUUAGCUGCACAUGUUAGCUACCUGGAAUUAGUUGCAUUGGUUUUUAGCUGCCUGGAAAUAGCUAGACUGAACUGGCUGCAGAAAAAUGUCCAGUAAACGAUAUCAUGCGGUGGAUGAUGGUGAUCAAGAGAUGCAACCAUUUGAUGAUGAUAUUCUGAAUUUGCUGAAGAAGAAACAAUGUAAGAACUUCAAGCCUCUGCCAACUGAUAGAUACAGGUGUGAAUGUGGCCAUGCCCGUAGCCAACAUAAGGAAGGUGCCAUUAAGGCGGAGGAACCAAUCUUGAUGGAGGAGAGCUCAAAUGUUGGUUCAGCCCCAGGGGGAGGAAUAGCAGGCUUGUGGAAUACCCUAACAGGGGGAGGGGACUCAACAGAUUCACGAGCAUCUGCAUGGUCCAUGGAGCGUGAUAUUGAGGAAGAAGCAACAGAUGCUUUUGGUUCUAUAGAGUUUGUUGGAGUUGGGCAGCAGAUGUCAGAGUAUGUCCGCCUGGCUGAUGACACUAACCCCAAGGACAUCCAUCGAGUAAUCACUGAACUCUGGGAACUUGAUGACCCCCAGUUCAUGGUCAGCAUCAUAGGUGGUGCUAAGAGCUUUGAUAUGAGCAAAUGGCGUGGACGGUGGAAGCGAAUUAUCAAUGAUGGUAUCGUAAAGGUAGCAAGGCAGACUGGGGCCUGGGUCAUUACAGGAGGAACUAACAGUGGGGUAAUGAAAGCUGUGGGUGAUGCAGUGAAGCAUGGGCAGUCUCAUGGCUGGGAGCAUUUGAAGCGUAAAAAUGAAGUACGAUGUAUCGGGAUCACAUCUUGGGGUUAUGUGGACAAACAAUCGAUCCUGGUUAAUUCGGAGCGCCAGGCCAACUUUGUUGCUGAAUAUAAAGCUGAAAACCUUAUCAAACAUGGGAAACCAGUGUCUCUGAAUCCCAAUCACACCCAUUUUCUGCUGGUAGAUGAUGGGACACGAGGUUUCUAUAGAGGCAAACAAGAUGGAGAACACAUGUUCAGGGCCAGAUUCGAGACCUACAUGAAAGACAAAAUGAACGUGCCAUGUGUACGUGUAUUGGUUGGUGCCGAACAUAUGGGCUUUGUUGAUCAAAUGUUGAAGACAUUGAAGCGAGGGGUCCCUGUGGUGGUGUGCGUCAACACUGGUACUGCAGGUGAUAUUCUAGCAGAGGCUUGCAAGUGGUUUGCUGACCUGUAUCAAGGGAUUGAGGAAGGAGAAACAUCAGAGGAAAUGGAGUAUGAUAUACGUAAUUCUCUACGUGCCAGACUAAAAGGCACAUACCCAUAUUUGGCUGAUAAUUACGCUGAACUUGAAAAUGCCCUGAACAAGCUAGUACAGUGCUGUACAAGGGAGAAUAUACAGAGGAUCACACUUUUUGAUCUGAACGAGAGGGAUGACUUGGAUGUGGCAAUUCUUAAUGCUCUCUUUAAAUUAAAUCCUGAGGUCCAGACACCACCAGUGAAAAAACUAGAAUUUGCAUAUAAAUGGAAUCGUGUGGAUCUUGCAAAGUUCCUCAUAGACUAUGAAUACAGUAAGGCUCUGGAUGAAAUGGAUUCAGUGGAGGAGAGAAUCACAGAUGCAACUCUAUGCGAUCUCUUUAUUAAUUCCCUUAAGGAUAACAAGCUGGAGUUUGUAGAGAUGUUGUUGACGCAGGGAUUGUACUUGAAGGAAUAUGUGAACAUUCUGCAUCUCCUGUAUCUGUACAACCAGCCUGACAACGAUGGAAUACUUCACAGGGAGCUACAGUACAUCUCAAAGAAAUUACCUGUAGAGGAUUGCAUUGUCAUGCCUACAAAGACUUCAGAUGGGGCAGGUGGGGAUGUAGGUGAUGGAAAACAAGAGGAAAUACUAGAAGAGGUUAAACACAUGUUCUUGUUACAGCAUAUUAGCAUGUUCUUUGUUAAACUCGUAGGUGAACAUGACCAGGAUGAGUACCAAGUGAAGCUCCGUCUACAGACUCUGAAGCUUGUAUGUGAUGUCCUCAAACAGGACAUGUUCCACAGCAAGGUUGACAGCAAAGACAAACCCAGUGGAGAACCAACACAGACGUUUCUCUGGGCAUUUAAGCCAUUAAAGACCCCCGUUACUGAGCUAUUCCUAUGGGCCUGUAUAACUGGCAGGCAAGAUCUGGCCAAGGUGUUGUGGUAUUACACUGAACAUGGCAUGACUUCUGCCUUGGCAGCCAGUCAUAUGCUGAAGUCCUUCGCUUGGUAUUUUCCCCUUGACAUUUCUGAGACCAAAGACCAAUAUUACGCAAAUGCAGAGGAGUUUUCAGAUAUGGCGAAUGGUUUACUAGAUGAAUGCUUCAGUAUGGACAGAUCUCUCUCAACGGAUCUAAUCGCCAGACCUGUACCUCGUUGGGGUGCUGAAGACUGCAUGGACUUUGCUGGAAAUGGACAUAUAAAGAAUUUCCUAGCUCACUCAUGCUGCCAGAAUUCCCUUACAAAUACAUGGAAACAAGACUUGCAAUCACCAGCAUGGAGGAUGCUCCUGGCGAUAAUGUUUCCAUUUUUGAUACUAACUCGAACCAUCCGCUUCCUGAAGCCGUACAAAUCAUUACUUCACAAAGUCAUCAGGUUUUAUUCAUUACCUGUCAUCAAGUUUGCACUGUUUAUGAUGUCUCAGCUGAUAUUUGUGGUGCUGUUUUCCUAUUUUAUAUUGUUUGAUCUGCAAAAUCAUGUUCGGAAAGAGCCCACUGUGAUAGAAAUCAUACUUAUAGUUUGGACCACAACUCUUCUCCUUGAGGAGGUCAGACAGAUUUCAUUGGAGAGAGUUAAAUGGCUGAAGAGUAUUUGGAAUAUUAUAGAUUGCACCGCUGUUCUGUUCAGCAUCAUUGCUUUCAUAGUUGGAUUUUUCCACUCAGAUGAGACCAGUUCGGUAAUCCGUACAUUAUACUCUCUGAGCUGUCUGUUAUGGUACUGUAGACUGUGCAACAUCUAUCUCUCCAAUGCAUACUUUGGACCUCUCCUAAUAAUGAUCCUAAGGAUGCUGAAGGAGGUUGUGUAUUUUCUGAUGGUGCUCUCAGUGUUUCUUGUGGGUUAUGGGGUAGCCAGUCAGGCCCUGAUGUACCCAAGGAGGAAGCCCUCGUGGGAAGUCUUCAAGCAUAUAUUGUACUUCCCUUUUUGGAACCUUCUAGGAGAACUCAACCUGGAUGAGGUUGGAGGUGCAGAACAGUGUGAUGCCGAAUCUAGUGAUUGCCCAGUUCAGCAUUCAUUGGUUAUUAUAAUGUUGGCCGCCUAUAUGCUGUUUGGCAAUGUCCUUAUGAUCAACCUCCUCAUUGCUGUCUUUAGUCACAUAUUUGAGGUAGUGAAGGGUGACUCUGUGGCCAUUUGGAAGUCAGCGAGAUAUUUUCUAGUCACAGAAUACAAAGACAAACCCUUUCUUCCACCUCCUUUCAUUGUAUUCCCUUUGAUGUGGAGGUUUGGAAAGUAUAUGCUCAGCAAACGCUGCACAGGAGAAGGAGGGUGUUGCCCAAAAACCCGUCACAGAAAGGUGCCUGACUCCACUUUGCAAUGGUUCGAGAGUGACUGCCUCGCAAACUACAUGCUACAUACCAAGGAAGAAAAUAAGAAGUCACCAGAAGAAAUGUUGAAAACAAUCAUGAAAAUUCAAAGUGAAAUUGACCAAGAGAGGACAGAGAACAAAGAUAGACAACGCCAACAAUUUCAGCGUGAACUUUUACGUCGUAGAUCCUCUGUAGCAGGACCCUCUCGUAUUGGCCUCCAAUCCAGGAGAGCUCUGCCAGCGAGAAUGGCUGAGGAACCUCCAAUGUCACCUGUACCAGAAGAAGAUGAUGUUAGGGACACCCUGCCUGUUAUGAAAGUGAGGCGGGCGACACCAUCAGAUUCCAGGAGAGCUCUGCCAGCGAGAAUGGCUGAGGAACCUCCAAUGUCACCUGUACCAGAAGAAUAUGAUGUUAGGGACACCCUGCCUGUUAUGAAAGUGAGGCGGGCGACACCAUCAGAUUCCAAAGAUGAUAACCUGAACGAUAAUGUUGAUGAUAACAUUGAAUCUGUUAGCAGUGCUAGAGAGCUGCCUUCUUUAGAUAGAGAUGAUACUUUUGAUACACAUUUUGAUCGAUUAAAUGAUCAUUUUAAUGAUAUGCGUCCUCUUAGAUCAAGGCUGCCUCACAGAAGCAAAAUUAACUUUAUGGACCUGUAUGGAUUUCCUGGGUGGUGAUUGGUCAAGUACAAAUUAAUGGAUGGAUUUCUGGCCUACUUAAGCAAUAAGCCAGUAGAGAAAGCAGUCCCUAAUUCAGGUCUUACAUACAGCUCAAUAAAAGACUACAGAUUGUAUAAUUUACAUGUUUUUACAUACAAGUAAACUGUUAUGUUAUCUGCUGAAAUAUUGAAUAAUAUAAGACUUAUGUACUUGAAGGUUUUGAAUACAGGGUUUAUCCUGAAGAUUCCAAAAUUAUGUACCCUG